AUGGCUAAGAUUAGGAGGAAAGGUGCCACUGGUGCCGCUAAGAAUUUCGUCACCAGAACUCAGGCAGUUAAGAAAUUACAAGUUUCUUUAGCUGAUUUCCGUCGUCUUUGUAUUUUUAAAGGUAUUUAUCCAAGGGAACCAAGAAACAAGAAGAAAGCUAAUAAAGGGUCUACAGCACCAGUGACCUUUUACUAUACUAAGGAUAUUCAAUACUUAUUGCAUGAACCAGUUUUGGCCAAAUUCAGAGAACAUAAGACCUUUGCUAGAAAAUUACAAAAAGCAUUAGGUAGAGGUGAAGUUGGUGAUGCCGAAAGAUUAGAAACCAAUCGUCCAAAAUAUACUUUAGAACAUAUUAUUAAGGAAAGAUAUCCAACUUUCUUGGAUGCUUUAAGAGACCUUGAUGAUCCUUUAAAUAUGUUAUUCCUUUUCGCUAAUAUGCCUGCCACUGAUAAAGUUAGUCAUCGGGUUACUAAAGAAGCUGAAAGAUUAACUAAUCAAUGGUUAGCAUACGUUGCUAAGGAAAGAUUAAUUAAAAAGGUCUUCGUUUCUAUUAAAGGGGUUUAUUAUCAAGCUAAUGUCAAAGGUCAAGAAGUUAGAUGGUUAGUUCCUUUUAAAUUUCCAACUAAUAUUCCAAGUGAUGUUGAUUUUAGAAUUAUGUUAACCUUUUUAGAAUUUUAUUCUACUCUUUUACACUUUGUUUUAUACAGAUUGUAUAACGAUGCCAAUUUGAUUUAUCCUCCAACCAUUGAUAUUUCUAAAUUGAAGGCAGUUGGUGGAUUAUCAUCUUAUGUCUUAAAAUCAGUGGAACAAGGUGCUAAUGCAUUAUUACCUAAAGAAAAACAACCUCAAGAAGAAGAGUCCAGUAACAUUCCAGAAACUAAAUUAUCUAACGCUGAAAUAUCAAAAGCUUUAGAAGCUGAUAAAGAAGAAGAUCAAAAUGAAGAAUCAGAAGUAAAUGAAAAUGUUGAAGAAAUCGAAUUAGAUGAAUUCGCUUCAACUAAUAAAACCACUGGUGAUUUAUUAUCUCAACCUUCAAAAUAUGCAUCUCCAACUUCAACUUUAUUUUCUAAAUUUAUCUUUUACGUUGGUCGUGAAGUACCAUUAGAUAUUUUAGAAUUUUGUAUUUUAUCAGCUGGUGGUUCCUUAAUUUCUGAAAUUGCUCUUGACGAUUUACAAAUUAACCAUCCUGAAUCUUUUAAAAAAUUAGAUUUAUCUAAAAUUACUCAUCAAAUUGUUGAUAGACCUAAAAUUAAUUCGAAAGUUGCUGGUAGAACUUAUGUUCAACCUCAAUGGAUUUUUGAUUCUAUCAAUAAAAGUGAAUUAUUACCUGUGAAUCAAUAUGCUCCUGGUGAAACUUUACCCCCUCAUUUAUCUCCAUGGGGUGAUGCUGGUGGUUAUGAUCCUAAUGCUAGACCAACCGAAGUUGCUGAUGAUGUUGAAGAUGAAGACGAAGAAGACGCCGAAGUUGCUGAAGAAGAUGUUGAUCAAGAUGAAGAUGAAGAAGAUGAAGAUCUUAAAGCUCAAAAAGAAUUAGAAGCUGAAGCUGCUGGUGUUAAAUUCUCUGACACUAAAGAAACUAAACAAAAGAAUGGUGGUAAGAAGAGAUCUGCUGAAGAUGAAGAAAAAGAAUUGAAGAAGAUCAUGAUGACAAACAAACAACGUAAAUUAUAUAAGAAGAUGCAAUACGGUAUUGAUAAGAAAGAAGCAAGACAAGAUGAUUUGGCUAAAAAGAGAAGAAAAAUUGAUAAAACAAAAGCUGAAUUAGAAAAAUUAAAUAAAAAGAAUAAUUAAGUUUAG